AUGUGGACGCUAUCCUACACAACGCACACGAUAAUCUCAAUAUCUUUGCAUGUGCUGGGAGUGGUUGUGGGACUCUUCGUCUGGUAUUUAUUCCCAAAACAUCCGACGCGUUCGAUCGUCCAACUCCCAUCGGAACGAGUAGCCGUUGCUAUCGACACGCCGAUCACAACGAAAUCCGAAAAACUCAACGUAUACUCUCCAUCGGAGAACUUCACAAAUAAUGACGAAAGUGUCGCAAAACUAAUCGACUUCGAGGAUCAUCAUAUGCCACAAAUCUCAGCAAUCCGCCAGUUUGGUUAA